AUGUCCCGAGGUGCACGCAUCUUUCUCACGUUUUUAGAGAUCGUCAUGAUGCGUCUCCAGGGAGAUUUCACGAAACCACCGGAGAAGAGAUUCAACUACAAGAACUGCAUCGAUGCACUAUUUAGGGGAAAACUGCUCAUGGUCCGUGAAGAGGGUGUUUCCGCUCUUGGUCGUGAAGUGGGACCCAACGUAUUCCGUUCCGUUCUAAUGAACGCAAUCUUUAAACAUGUCAUCAGAUAUGAUUUCUUCAAGGCUGAGCUCUUGAAGACUCCGUAUUCCACGACAACAUUCUUUGCCAUUUCACGGCGAGCUUUGCUGCUGUUCGUAGACCCUUACCUUGGUACCGUUGCGACGACGGUCUGCUCUCCCGCUGAUGUAUUAAAGAGUCGCAUCAUGAAUGCAUCAGGACCAGGAUCGAAUUCUACUCUUGGUGUCAUCAAGGCUUCCUUGAAGAACGAGGGUCCAAUGUUCAUGUUUAAGGGCUGGUUGCCAGCUUGGACUCGUCUGCAACCGACGACGAUCCUCAUAUUCUUAAUAUUGGAACAGUUGAAGAAUGGGGUUGACUUCUCGAGAAGCAAGGGGUAUACGUUCUUGUGA